UUCACAUUGAUCAUAAGCUCUCUCACACACACCUUUCAUUAAGUAUUCUCUCUUCGUAAUUCUCGUUAAUAUCUUCUUUCUCGCUAAAAUUAGAAAAAUGGAUGGAUUUGGAGCCAAGUACGAGUGCUUGUUCUUUGAUCUGGACGAUACUUUAUACCCUUUGAGCAUCGGAAUCAACCUAGCUUGCCGAAACAACAUCCAAGAGUUCAUGCUUAACCAACUCGAAAUUGAAGAGAGUGAAGUUCCAAAGAUGUGUUUGGAUCUUUACAAAGAAUAUGGAACCACCAUGGCUGGUCUCAAGGUUCUUGGUUACGAGUUUGACAAUGAUGAGUUCCAUGAAUAUGUCCAUGGAAGACUUCCAUACGAGAAACUUAAACCUGAUCCAGUUCUCCGUAACCUUCUUCUCUCUAUGCCUCACCGUAAAAUCAUCUUUACUAACGCAGACAAAUCUCAUGCAACACGAGCACUUACCAGAUUGGGUCUAGAGGAUUGCUUCGAAGGAAUCAUUUGUUUCGAAACAUUAAACCCUUCCUCUGACUCAAAGACUCAAAUCCUCUGUAAACCUUCUGUUGAAGCCUUUAAAGCCGCAAUUCGCAUCGCAGACAUUGUUGAUCCACGCAAAACGAUGUUCUUCGAUGACAGUAUUCGUAACAUCGCCAGUGCUAAAGCAACGGGGCUAAAAACCGUGUUUGUGGGGAACUCAGUGCUAGUUCCAGGUGCAGACUAUGCACUAAGCAGCAUUCAUAACAUAAAGGAAGCAAUACCUGAUUUAUGGGAAGACAACAAAGAUGAGAAGCUGGAGCCAAUUGUUCAGCAAGCCGCAGUUGCAGCCAUGGUCCAUGCUUAGUCUAAUAUGAAUCCCACAUCGAUUAAGAGAACCUUGAUUGUACUUUUUAACUCAUGUAUCCGAAAUAAAAGAAACAAAAGAUCAGAAUAUAAAAAUCUUUGGCUUUUUGAUGGUUUAAAAUUCCUCAACAGUCAUCAUAA